AUGCCCGAUAAGAAGAAGUGUCCCGCCUGUUCUCGAGAUCACCGGUUGCGGGACUGCAGCAAAUUCAAGUCAUUCGAUGUGGACGGAAGGUGGCAUUUUGUUCAACAAUACAACAUCUGCAGGAUCUGUCUGUUCCCACAUGGAAGAAGAUCUUGCCGAAGCAGUAGUCGCUGUGGAGUCAAUGCAUGUACCAAUCGACAUCAUCCAUUGCUUCAUUCAACCAAACCAGUAGCAGCUAGUGGUACUCAAGAUAAUUCGCCAUCACAACCAGUCGCAAGCGGAAAUUUCGCUCAUAGUGCUUCAGAAGUUCCGUUUCUUUUCCGCAUUCUACCUAUUACGGUUCACGGCAAUGGCAAUUCGAAGGAGGUGUUCGCAUUCAUCGACGAAGGUUCUGCGCUUACGUUGGUGGAGGAAGCGUUGGUGAAAGAGCUUGGCAUUGAAGGUACCCCGCGAGAACUGUGUCUACAAUGGACUGGUAAAGUAUCACGAACAGAACGAGAAUCGAAGGUGAUUGAUCUGCAAGUUUCGAGCGUGACGGGAUUGAAGGCAACUCUGAAAGAGACAAGGACUGUAAAGAAGUUGGGCCUCACAAGUCAGUCACUGAAUUUCGAAAGUUUAACAAAGCAAUAUUCCCAUCUCAAGGGACUUCCGGUCAGGAGCUACCGCAAUGCUACUCCGCGCGUUCUGAUCGGGGUCAACAACAUCCAUCUCACUGUUCCGCUGAAAAUCAAAGAAGGCCUAUUUCAUGAACCAAAGGCUACCAAAACCAGGAUGGGUUGGUGUGUGUACGGAGGCGUUUCAACGGGUAGAUCUACUCCAUUGCUGAACUAUCAUGCUUGUAGUUGCACUAGUGAUGAAACCUUGCACAACAUAGUCCGCGAUUACUUUUCGUUGGAAGAAGCUGGUGUUUACCCUUCUGUUCAGAUAGAGUCCGAAGCUGAUAAGCGAGCACGAAGAAUCAUGCAAGAUACGUCCUCCAGAGUAGGGGAUAGAUUCCAAACUGGGCUAUUAUGGCGAUGCGAUGACUUCGAACUUCCAGAUUCAUAUCCGAUGGCAGUCAAACGACUAGAGUGUUUGGAGCGGAAACUAAAUCGACACCCACAGUUACGGGAAAACGUUAUCCAGCAGCUCAAGAACUACCAAGCCAAGGGAUACGCUCAUAGAGCCACAGAAGAAGAACUCCUGAACUCCGAUCCGCGACGUGUGUGGUACUUACCGCUCGGAGUUGUUACCAAUCCUAAAAAGCCAUCAAAAGUACGUCUUAUCUGGGAUGUGUCUGCUACCGUUGAUCAAAUAUCGCUGAAUAAAAUGCUGCUUAAAGGACCUGAUGAGUUAACAACGUUGCCUCAUGUGCUUUUCCGUUUCCGUCAGUUCCCAGUCGCCGUUUGUGCGGACAUAGCCGAGAUGUUCCACCAAAUACAAAUAAUCCAAGCUGAUCGUCAAUCGCAGAGAUUUCUCUGGCGUACAGACCCUCAAGAACACCCGGAAGUCUAUGUGAUGGAUGUAGCAACAUUUGGUUCCACCUGUUCCCCGGCUACAGCGCAGUAUAUCAAAAAUAGAAACGCGCAAGAGUUUGAGAAGGUCUAUCCACGGGCGGUUGAAGCCAUAGUUAAGUGUCACUACGUGGAUGACUACUUUGACAGUUUCGAGACGGAACUAGAAGCGGCAAAGGUUGCGCCGGAAGUUAAGAUGAUCCACGCAAAAGGCGGGUUCAAUUUACGUGACUGGAGAUCUAAUAGACCGGAAGUCCUACAACAUCUUGAUGGUGGAACCACAUCACAACCAAAAGAUCUGAGCAUAGAGAGCUCUCAUGGCUUUGAACGUGUUCUCGGCAUGCAUUGGUUGCCCCAGGAAGAUACCUUAAGCUACUCCACAGUUCUACCAUCCGAAAUAAAUGAAGUCAUUGCUACGAAAACACCUCCAACGAAACGACAACUACUACGAUGCCUAAUGUCCUUUUUCGACCCCCUUGGUCUCUUGGCAGCAUUCGUCGUUUACGGAAAAGUCCUUUUGCAAGACGUCUGGCGAUUCGGAACAUCUUGGGAUGAGAAAAUCGAUGAAAGGUCCUUCGAGAAGUGGCAGAAAUGGAUAGAGUAUUUUCCGAAGAUUGAAAGCUUGCGUAUUCCUCGUUGCUACUUUUCUGAAAUCCGAACCAGUCAUUAUCAGAGUUUGGAACUACACAUCUUCGUAGAUGCCAGCGAAGACGCCUAUGCCGCCGUAGCUUACUUCCGCAUUUCGUAUCGAGAGGAAUUCAAGUGUAACUUAAUAUCAGCCAAAACUAAAGUAGCGCCGCUCAAACACUGUUCUAUUCCUCGUUUGGAGCUGAUGGCCGCAGUGCUUGGAACGCGUCUGAAGAAGUUCGUGAUGAAAGGUCAUACAGUAAUUCCCCGACGUGUAAUAUUCUGGUCCGAUUCAAGUACCGUUCUUUCGUGGAUUCAGUCCGACCACCGGCGAUAUUCGCAGUUUGUAGCGUGCCGUGUAGGAGAGAUAUUGUCAACAACCAACAUCACCGACUGGCGAUGGGUUCCGUCGAAGUUAAACAUUGCUGACCAUGCCACCAAAUGGGCCCUUGGGCCACAGCUGCAGGCGGACGAUACGUGGUUUAGUGGUCCAGAGUUUCUGCAGAAGACCGAGAGGGAAUGGCCUCAACCGAGAAAGCUAACGUCGACGCCAGAAGAGCUUAAGGCCACCUGCGUACAUCACGUGCCCGUUGAUCUCGAAGUAGUGGUCGCGUUUUCCCGAUUUUCAAAGUGGGAGCGGCUGUUACGAUCUAUGUCAUUCGUGUACCGAUUUCUGGACCGAUACCUGAACGGAUUUCCAAAUCGCGCCAGGCUGCCGCGUGGACAUUUCCCGGGGCCACAAGAAGAGUUGUUAGCAGCAGAAAAUGCCUUGUUUCGUAUGGUCCAGAUGCAGGCCUUCCCAGAAGAAGUAGCUCUACUGAAAGCCAAUCAAGAUCUUCCAACUAAAUGCCAAGCUACUAUACCCAAGUCGAGUAAACUCUACAAGUUGACACCGUACCUCGACGAACGUGGCGUACUUCGUAUAGACGGACGAGUCGGAGCGGCGAAAAAUGUUUCCACCGGUGCUAAGUUUCCGGUAAUUCUCGACAAAGAUCAUCCUGUGACAGAACUAAUAGUCCACUAUUAUCACCAGAAGUACCUACACGCCAAUUUCGAAACCGUUGUUAAUGAGCUGCGGCAGCAUUUCCACAUCAGUCAGAUCCGCCCAACUGUAAAGAGAGUUAUCCGUAAAUGUCAGUGGUGCAAGAUCUACAAGUCGAAGCCGAAGAUUCCCAAGAUGGCACCCCUACCCGAGGCAAGGCUUGCCUCCUACGUACGCCCCUUCAGUUUCGUGGGUUUGGAUCUCUUUGGCCCGGUGUUGGUGAAAGUGGGAAGAAGUUCGGUCAAGCGGUGGAUUGCCCUUUUCACCUGCAUGACCAUCAGAGCCGUUCACGUAGAAGUGGUCUACACGCUGAGUACAGAAUCCUGCAUCAUGGGUAUCCGCAGGUUCAUAGGACGACGAGGAGCUCCUAUUGAGGUCCAUUCCGACAACGGGACUAACUUCCGUGGUGCGGACAACAUACUGCAGCAACAAAUUCUCAAGUUCCACGAAGAUAUGGCCGCUACGUUUACCAAUACCUCCACGAAAUGGGUCUUCAUACCUCCCGGAACCCCUCAUAUGGGGGGUUGCUGGGAACGCAUGGUACGAUCAGUUAAGACAGCUCUCGAGGCCAGUAUUCAAGAUGGGAGAAAGCUAGACGAUGAAGCCUUGUACACCUUAAUCGUCGACGCCGAAGGAAUUGUUAACUCGCGGCCGCUUACUUAUUUGCCGCUGGAGUCUGAGGAGAAUGAAGCGCUAACCCCAAACCAUUUUCUUUUGGGUAGCUCUACAGGGGUCAAACAACCGCCGAUGAACUUCAUCGACUUGGGCAGAACAUCGAACCGAACCUGGAAUCUUAUUCAAAACCAGCUGGAUGGGUUUUGGCGUCGUUGGAUUCGGGAAUACCUCCCGACUAUCACGAAGCGUACGAAAUGGUUCGGAGAAGUUAAACCGGUUGCAGCAGGAGACUUAGUAGUAGUCGUAAACGAGGGAAGAAGAAAUGGUUGGGUUCGAGGUAAGGUCUUAGAGGUCAUAUUGGGCUCAGAUGGUCGAGUUAGGAAAGCGAUUAUUCAGACGACCAGAGGUCUUAGUCGUCAAGCAGUGUCCAAGUUGGCCGUUUUGGACGUCUUACCUACUUGUAACAAAGGAUCUCCCACUUCUUCGACCUGUGUUACGGGGGGGAGGAUGUUGACAACUGGGAACACUGCAGGAGCACUUCCCGAAUAG